UUGGCAGCGCGUCCUGGCAGCAGGCGGCCAUUUUGCCUGGAGCCCGAGAAAGGGAGAAGAAAGACAGAAGGAAAGGGCGACACUGGUCUCAGGGCCGCCCCGGGGGCCUCAAGAGCCGGAGGCAGCCCCGGAGGCGCCCGCGGGCGGACACGCCGGAAGAGGAGGCCGGGGAAUGGCCGCGGUGUGGCAGCAGGUCUUAGCAGUAGACGCGAGGUACAACGCGUAUCGCACACCAACGUUUCCACAGUUUCGGACACAGUAUAUCCGACGGCGCAGCCAGCUACUACGGGAGAAUGCCAAGGCUGGGCACCCCCCAGCACUGCGUCGGCAGUACCUGAGGCUGCGUGGACAGCUGUUGGGCCAGCGCUACGGGCCCCUCUCUGAGCCAGGCAGUGCUCGUGCCUAUAGCAACAGCAUCGUCCGCAGCAGCCGCACUACCCUUGACCGUAUGGAGGACUUUGAGGAUGAUCCUCGGGCCCUGGGGGCCCGUGGACACCGACGUUCUGUCAGCCGAGGCUCCUAUCAGCUGCAGGCACAGAUGAACCGUGCCGUCUAUGAGGACAGGCCCCCUGGCAGUGUGGUGCCCACAUCAGCGGCAGAAGCAAGUCGAGCCAUGGCUGGGGACACAUCACUGAGCGAGAACUAUGCCUUUGCGGGCAUGUACCAUGUUUUUGACCAGCACGUGGAUGAGGCAGUCCCAAGGGUGCGCUUCGCCAAUGACGACCGGCACCGCUUAGCCUGCUGCUCACUCGACGGCAGCAUCUCACUGUGCCAGCUGGUGCCUGCCCCGCCGUCCGUGCUCCGUGUCCUGCGGGGCCAUACCCGUGGUGUCUCCGACUUCGCCUGGUCCCUCUCCAAUGACAUCCUUGUGUCCACUUCACUUGAUGCUACCAUGCGCAUCUGGGCUUCUGAGGAUGGCCGCUGCAUCCGGGAGAUCCCUGACCCUGAUGGCUCCGAAUUGCUCUGCUGCACCUUCCAGCCGGUCAACAACAACCUCACUGUGGUAGGGAAUGCCAAGCACAACGUGCAUGUCGUGAACAUCUCCACGGGCAAGAAAGUGAAGGGUGGCUCCAGCAAGCUCACAGGCCGUGUCCUCGCUCUGUCUUUUGAUGCCCCUGGCCGGCUGCUCUGGGCAGGCGAUGACCGUGGCAGUGUUUUCUCCUUCCUCUUCGACAUGGCCACAGGGAAACUGACCAAAGCCAAGCGUCUGGUGGUGCAUGAGGGUAGCCCUGUGACCAGCAUCUCUGCCCGCUCCUGGGUCAGCCGCGAGGCCCGGGACCCCUCGCUGCUUAUCAAUGCUUGCCUCAACAAGCUGCUGCUCUACAGGGUGGUAGACAAUGAGGGGACCCUGCAGCUGAAGAGAAGCUUCCCCAUCGAGCAGAGUUCGCAUCCCGUGCGCAGCAUCUUCUGCCCUCUCAUGUCCUUCCGCCAGGGAGCCUGUGUGGUGACAGGCAGUGAGGACAUGUGCGUGCACUUCUUUGACGUGGAGCGGGCAGCCAAGGCCGCCGUCAACAAGCUGCAGGGCCACAGCGCCCCUGUGCUGGAUGUCAGCUUCAACUGUGACGAGAGCCUUCUGGCUUCCAGUGACGCCAGCGGCAUGGUCAUCGUCUGGAGGCGGGAGCAGAAGUAGGAGCCUCCCAGCCCUGCCGUGUCCACCUUCCCACCUGGCCCAUGCUCCAGCCUUGUGUUUGUAAAUAAAGUUCCUGUGGUUGUGUUGA